AUGCAUAGUAAAGAAUUUGCUAAUAGAAUCAAGAAAAGGGAAAACGAGAAUGACUUAUCACCGAAUUCAAGCUCGUCUUCAUCCGCUGACAGAUUCAGGUGUCCACAUCCUGAGUGCAACAAAACCUUUUCACGACAAGAGCAUCUGUCAAGACAUAAACUGAAUCACUGGCCGAAAGAAAUAUACGUCUGUUCUUUCGUACUUCCUACCACAAAUUCGCCUUGUAAUAAGACAUUUGUGAGGAAAGACUUACUGAUCAGGCAUGAAAAGAGACACUCGAAGAUGAAAAAUAGGUUAACUAAACCAAAUAGAGAUCUUAUCUCCCCAGUAGACAACAGUUUCUCUAAACAGUUGCCAUAUAAUUCCAGUGAAACGCUAGUUUCUGGGCAACCCAGUGCUUCAGUGGUAAACCCAUCAAAAAACUCUGUUGAUCCACCUUCAGUCGCUCCCGGAUCAAAAUUUCGUCCCUUCCUUCAGCAGCCCCAACAAGUACAACAAAUACAACAACAGCAACUCCAACAACAGCUUCCGGCUCCGCUGCAGCAACCUAUGUUUCAGCAGCAAAUGCAUACACAGCCGGCAAGCCCUGCGUUUCCUUAUGACCCUCGAAUGAGAAAUAACGGUCAAAGUGUUAACCAAUUUUUCAAUUGGAUAUUCGAUAACCGUGCAGGGACUAGUGCAUUCGAUAUCGAAGGAGCUAAUAGUACUAGCAAUAGCAAUGACCAGAAUGUUAAUAUCAACAUAGCUGCUCAACAACGAUAUCAGGACAGAACUGUUCCGAAUACUGUAUAUCAACAGCCAUUUCAGCCACUUUCUCAAGAUCGACAACAGGAACAAUAUCUUCAACAGCAGAAAGAUGCACAACAACAGCAGCAGCAGCAGCAGCAGCAGCAACAACAACAACAACAACAACAACAACGACAACAACAACAACAAGUACAACAACAACAAGUACAACAACAACAAGCACAACAACAACAAAUACUACAGCAGCAGCAAAUACAGCAGCAGCAAAUACAGCAGCAGCAACAACAUCAGCAGCAACAACAACAACAUCAGCAGCAGCAGCAGCAGUCGCCACAACAGAAUCUAUUUGCGGAUCAAUUAACUUCGUCUGCUAGCUGCGCUAACCUGACAAUGAUGCAGGACCUUUUCUCCACAAAUUUCUUGAACAGCGAUCCUUUACAAUCUUUCAUGCAAGAGCUUUCUGAAGCCCCACAAGUAAAUAUCGAAGACACAUUCUCUGAUAAGACCAUAAUCCCUAACAAUGAAAAACGCCCACAAAAUGAUAAAUUUGAAGGAUUUCAAAAUUCUCCAGUUACAUUUGACCUGCAACAGGCUAACAUCGAAACUCCCAAGACUCAAUCCAAAUUUACUAACAACCCUAGUACUCUCGGUAAAGAUAAUGUUUCCACUGAGAAACUGGAUAUGAAUGAACUAAAACGGCAGCCUUCUAAAGACUUAGAGAUGACAAGCAACUCUUCCUUAAACUAUAAGGAGCAAUUGCGCCAUUCUAUGAAGAGCGUUCCGUCAUUUUUCCAUCCACAUCCCACGACAAAAUACAAGGUAUCAAAAGAGAAAUGUCAAGAGAUGUUUGCACUUGUUCCAGAAUUACGUUACGUUUCUAUAAACGCUAUACACAAAUCACUGAAGUCAUUCUGGUUCAAUUUUCAUCCACAAUAUGGUCUACUUCACAAACCUUCUUUCCACGUGGACAAGCAGCCUGGAAUUUUAAACUUGGCGUUAAUCAUGACUGGUGCAAGUUUCCUAGGAAGUGAAUAUCGUGAACAAAUCAGUGACCCAAUUUGUGGUCCCCUACGUUGGAUAAUUUUUUCCCAUGCCGAUUUCCAACCGCCCUCCAAAACAUACAUCAUUCAAAGCUUACUAUUACUCGAAGGAUACGAAAAGACAAGUACGAAUAGACAUUUCCACGAAAGAUCUUUUUUGCACCAUGGGACGACCAUUCAAUUAUUGAGGCGAACGCCUUCCUUAGGUGGCCAUCCAUUAAUGGUCAAAACCGGGAAAACUUCCGGGGAAAAUUCAAUUAAAGAUCCACAAGAAGUUUAUAAAAGAUGGAUUGAUUUUGAAAUGUUGAAAAGAAUCGCAUUCUACGCAUUUUACAUGGACACCACACAUGCUGUAGUGUUUGGGUAUUGGAAUUUAUUCAUCAACAGCAAUCAGAUUCAGCUAACAUUACCUUGCCCAGACCAAGUUUGGGAAUCUUAUGAUUUGAGCUACGAAACUCUAAUGGAACAUGGAUAUGGCAGUACCAAAAGGGAUGAAAAUAAUACAUUCCUGUCAGCAUUGAUGCAAUUAAUGAAAAACGUCGUUCAAAUUUUACAAAACAACAAUAUACAAAGAAACAAGGUCAAUAAUGACGCCAAAGAGAGCAGCCCAGUAGGCCUGGGAAACACUGAAGACUGGAAUAUCCAAAGUCUUUUUGGUAAAAAGAUCCUUCUUGCAGGAAUAAUUUCUAUCCUAUUUCAGUGCCAAGAGGAAGUAAAUGGUGAGUAUUUCAUGACAAAUUUUCGAAGCGGUAUUACAGAUCAUCUAGGUCUUUCAUGGAAAGAUAUUCUAUCAUUUGCAAUGAAUUAUUGGCUUCGUGAAGUUCAAAUAAGUUGCACUAAUCCGAAAGCAUGCAGGAUAAACACGCCGAGUGAUUUUGAAGGGGUCUCAACGGAUGGAGAAGGUGACCAACCUCAUGUGAACUACGAAGACAAGGCAAAUGAUAGCAGCUUAGAUUUACUUUCUUCAGAUAAUUCUUCAAGUUGUAAAAUGCCUGCAAUUCAUAUUUCUCAAAUCGUCUUACGGAUUCUCCAUCACGAUUAUUACAUAUACGCAGGGGCGCCUUGGAGAAUGAAUGUCCCAAUUGGGUUUGAGGAAUAUGACAUGAUCAGUCGAAGGAUACUCCAGUUUGCAAAAGAUCCCUAUAAUGGUGGUGUAGCCGUCGUUUACGCUUUCCAAUUUUUGUUUGAAAUGUUCAUUGUUAAGGACAAUAAUCGUCUAACCGUUGUGGAAGACUACGUGGUGAAUUCUGAUCCUAUAUUUACUAGGCCAUAUGCUAUUGCAUUGACGUCGCUUUUGAUCUGGUCUUGUAAUUUUGCACUACACGGCUGUGAAGUUAGCAUAUGGAAUAAUGUUGACGCCUCGAAAGAAGAAAGUUUUAAGUCAAGUGACACCAAUGGUGAAUGUACUACUAGCCCCGAGGGCGAUAAGGAAUCAAAACUUUCGAGUAGCAAUCUAAAAGAAAAGAACAAUUACAUUCCAAAGGAGAGCUUCCAAGUAUACUUGUUAAGAAUGUAUCCGAUUCUGUACGUAGAUGGUUCACUUGACUUAGUUAGCUUCCAGAAUGAAAUUUGGGCAAAAGCAAAUAUGCUACAACACAUUUCUAAUACUCAUCAUUUGUGCGGGAUGAUGCAAUUUAUGAAGGACAUUUUUAGCAAAAGCUACUGGGAUUUAGGGCGCGAAUUCGGAAGGCUUUUUGACAAUUGUUUAGAAAGAAGUAUGGGGAAAGCAUCGCCUACAUGUCAUGACAUGUUCGAUGUUUAG